AACUUUUGGCAAGGUCACUCUCAUGUCAGUACCCUUUAAAACAAAGAUUCUUUUUUUAUUUUUAAAACUUAUAUAAAAAGGAUACACUUGAAUGUUGUCACACUCGUUGUUGCUCACCACUCACGAGAUACGACUUCAUCACUAUGAGGUUUUUCGUUUUAACUACGUGUAUCUGUUUUGCCGCGGCUGCAUACCAACCAAUACAGCCUGCUAAAGUAACCCAUGCUCCACCAUCAUCUCCUGUCAAGAGUUCAGGUAGUGACGUGGAUGCACCAGUAUUAAGAUCGGAUAUCGACGUGAAACCUGAUGGAUAUGAUUACGCAUAUGAAACAGGAAACGGAAUUUCAGCUUCUGCCGUCGGUACUUUAAAGAACGUAGACAAUAUUGAUGCUCUGGUUUCCCAAGGCUCCUACCACUACGUGGCUCCUGAUGGUACACCAGUAAAUGUGGAGUAUGUCGCUGAUGAAAACGGAUAUCAACCUAAUAGUGACAUCCUGCCGACGCCUCCUCCAGUCCCACCUGCUAUUCUGCGUGCUUUGGAGUAUCUGGCGGCUCACCCACCAGCAGAAGAAAAAACAUUGCCAACAAAAUUUGUGUCUCUUGGUUAGAAAAUUUACCGUUAAAAAUGCUCUCUUAAAAAAAUCUUUUUUCUACAUAUCAAAUAUAUUAUCUUUUUUCUUUAUGUUAUUAUUUUUUACCGCAUGGGGUUUUAUAUUGAACGGGUCGAUUGUACAGAGGAAAAUAUGUAAGAUAUCAUUGCAUUAAAUUGUGUUGAAUUGUUAGGCGUACAUCGACAAAUAUUGUGUUUAAAUAAUAAUAAAUAAUAACAAUUACAAUACUAUGAUUUACUGCCACGACGACAUCGGCCAAAGAUUAUUAUGAUUCGAAUGCGACAAAUCUUUGUCUUAAUAAAACUGUUAUGUUUGUUAGUUAUAUUUUUACCAGCAUUAUAGAAUUAAGUUUAUUGUAAAUAAACUGUGAAAGUGGAUCCACAA